AACUCAAAAGUUUUGUUCUUUUUUUUUUAUAGUUAUAGUGAUUCCAAAGCAAAUAACAUUUUACAGUCACUUUCUAAUCACAUGAUGAGUUCGAUGGAUGCUUUAGCAAUGGCGGGAGUGGAAUAUCAAGAAUGGGGACUUAGUAUUGAAGAAUGGGAGCUUCAAGAAUCUGUAGUUCCGCCCCAUUUGCUUGCUGAUGAUUCUGACGAAGAAGAAGAAGAUCAUCGAAACAACAAUGAUUCUGAAGAAAAAGAAAAAGAAGAUCAUCUUCGAGAUGAUGAUGAUGAUAGAGUUUUAGAUGGCUUAGCAGUUAAACAAGUUGUCCCUUGUGACAUUAGAGCUUCGGUUGGGAAACUGAUUGAGCAAUCUCUCUCAUAUAUGAUUGUUCACCUCAAGCAGCUUAAGUUCUUAACACUUCUUGUUGAGAACUUUUUGUUUAGCCAUGUUCUUUAUUUUCUUUUGUAA